GACGCGCUCGAUAUAUCUUCCGGACCUCACUUCAGGUCCCGAGCCGCAACCCGAAAGCUCCCGAGGAAGUGACGGAAAGUCCCGAACGCCCACUUUCCCGGGUGCGCGAAUGGCUGCCGGCGCGGACCGAACGAGGCCGGGAAAGAGCCGAGGCGGGGACUUUCCGGGAUGGCGAAGGCUGCAGAGCGGCUCCGGAAAGAAGCCGAAGGCCCUGAUGCUCGAGAACCUCCAGAAGCACUCAACCCUGCACGCCACCUUCCAGCCCAACUCCCAGAUCGGCGAGGAAAUGAGCCAGAACAGCUUCAUCAAGCAAUACCUGGAGAAGCAGCAUGAGCUGCUGCAGCAGCGGCUGCAGAGAGAGGCGCGGGAGGCAGCUGAACUGGAGGCCUCUGGGAAGAGUUACCCCAUCUCCCGGGAGAGAAACGACUCUGACGAGGAGGGGACCAGGAGGCAGGAGCGCCGCUCCACCCGGGUCAGGCAGGUCAGUGCUGCAGGAAGUGGAACAGCUGUGACUCCAGCCCCCGAGGAGAAGGGGGAGCCCAGCCUGCCAGACCCCCAGGAAAAGGGGGAGUCCAGCCCAAUGGCCCCCCAGAAGGAGGAGGAGCCCAGCCUGCCAGCUCCCCACGAGAAGGGGGAGUUCAGCCUGCCAGCCCCUCACAAGAAGAGGAAGUCCAGCCUAACAGCCCCCCACGAGAAGGGGGAGCCCAGCCUACUGGCCCCCCACGGGAAGGGGGAGCCCAGCCCACCAGCCCCCCAGGCAAAGGGGGAGGCCAGCCCACCGGCCCACCAGGAGAAGGGGCAGCCCAGCCCAACGGCUCCCCUGCUGGAGGAUUCCCCAGAGAAGAAGGGAGUGGCUGGACUCCAGGAAGACAAGGGGGUCCCCGAGGAGGAGGCAGAGGAGCCCCCUGAGAUCUCACAAGAAGGGGGGGUGGCUGCAACCGCCAGCUCCCCAGCCCCUCCCCAGCUGUCGGAAGGGGAGGCACCAAUGGCCCCCCCUGAGGAGGAUGAGCCCCCUCCCCCACUGCUGACCAAGGAGGCCCCCCCCAGUCAGAAAAGGCCAGCAGGGACCCACCCAGCAUCACCUUCCCCUCCCCCCCAGCGCCGGCGGAGGGGUGGGUCCGACUCAGACUCCGACUCAGACUCCACUUCCUCCGGAUCCCGCUCCAGCCGUUCCGAGUCGCCCACCAGGAAGCACCAGGCCUCAUGCUCCAGCUCCAGCAGCAGCAGAAAGUCGCACAGCCCUGACGCCGGCCCCAGCUCCCCACACACCAAAGAGCCCUCCCCAGCAAGACAGCAGGAAGCGCCGGAGAGUCCCAUGGCAGAGGACAGACCGGCCCCCCAGAGACGCCUCAGCCACGGGCACCGGCACAGCCCGUCGUCGCAGCAGGGCGGCUCAGAGACCCCGGGGGGCCCAGCCAGGGCAGUGCACACGGGGGACCCGCCGCGCCAGGCAGAGCAGAGGCAGCGUGAGAGCGCCGCCGCUGCCCCGCGCCCGGUCGCAGCCCUGAGCCGCCAUCGCGCCGCCAUCGCCAUGCCGGGCCCGCGGGCCGCGUGCCCCCAGGCCCCGUACGAGAGCACCCCCGACGAGGGGCCCGAGGACGGAGAGGGAGAAGAGGUAGCAUGGCGGGGCGCCCUGUGGGCUGAUGGGCAGGUGGAUGGAGGCCUCCAGCUGCACCCUGGGGACUACGCCGUCAAGGACCUCCGGCCCCCGGGCGUUUCAGCUGCGAGCCCUGGGGUCUCUGCUGCCCUGGGACUCGCUCCAACGGACCUCCGGUCCCUCCCGGGCGUCAGCUGCGGCCCCUGGGGUCUCUGCUGCCCCAUGAGGAACUCGCUCAAGGACCUCCCGGCCCCCGGGCGUCAGCUGCGGCCCCUGGUUCCUCCGCCACCACCUUGUCUCUUGCCGCGCCCCGCCCGCCCCUCCAAACCUGGGAGGGUGCAUUGCGAUUGGACCGGCCGUUGCCAUAGCUACCCUGGGCACAGCGGUGCGAUUGGCCGACGAAGGACGCCCCAGGCCACGGCGCAGCACAAGGCCUUCAAGAGGAAGAUCUCCGUUGUGUCAGCGGCCAAGGGGGCAGCGGCAGGGAACAGUGACACGGAGGGCAGCCAGUCGGGGGGGCGCAAGCGGCGCUGGGGGUCCAGCACGGCUGCCACCCAGAAGAAGCCGUCCAUCAGCAUCACCACCGAGUCGCUUAAGAGCCUGAUCCCUGAGAUGAAGCCGGUGGCAGGGCAGGAGGCAGUGGUGGAUCUGCACGCCGAAGACUCCCGCAUUUCAGAGGAUGAGGGGGAGCGCCAUGGGGAGCCGCCGGCCCACGAGAAGGGGCUGAAGAUCUGCCGGACCGUCACGCAGGUGGUGCCAGCCGAGGGGCAGGAGAAUGGGCAGGGCGAGGAGGAAGAGGAGGAGGAGAAGGAGCCAGAGGAAGAGCAGCCCGAGGCCCCUCAGGUCACAGCAGAGUUGCCGUUGCCCCCACCUGUGGAGCACGAAGUCAAGAAAGUGACCACUCAGCGAACCCUGACGCGCCGCUCCAUAGCACAGCGCUCGGGCGUCUCCAUCACCAUCGACGACCCGGUGCGCACGGCCCAGCUCCCUCGCCCCCCCGUGGGAGCCUGCUCUGUCGGCCCCCGCUCAGCUCGCCUCUCCCCCGCAGGUGCGGCCUUCACGCUGGGCCAGUUGAAGGAGCUGCUGGGCCGAACAGGGACGCUUGGUGGAAGAAGCUUCUGGAACGAAAGGAUCAAAUCUUGCACUGCUACUUAUUCCACGGUGGAGGAGGCGGUGCUGACCGCACCCUGCACGAUGGGGAAAAUGGCCCAAUCCAACCCCAAGUUCCUGUGCGCCGACUUCGCCGAGCAGGACGAGCUGGACUUCCACCGGGCCUGCUUGCGGAGCGGGCGGUGGAGGCAGCAGCGGCCCCAGGGCCCGGGCCGGCCGGUGGGCGCGGGGCCGGCGCUCAGCCCCCCGGAGCCGGAGCGGGCGGUGCGGGAGCAGUGGGCGGAGGGGAAGCGGGAGAUGGAGCGGCGGGAGCGCACACGGGCCGCGGAGUGGGAUCGUGACAAGGUGCGCGAGGGGCCCCGCCGUUCCCGCGAGCGCCGCCGCAAGGAGCGCCCAAGGCCAAAGAGAAGAAGGGCGAGAAGAAAGAAGGCCCGGAGGAGCCCCGCGCAAAGCUGCUGGAACGAUCUCUUCCGCAAGACAAGGCGCCCCUUGCAUCUACUGGCUGCCUUGACCGACAUCCCAGCGAGUUUCGUGCAGAAGCAGGCGGAGCGGGCUGCCGACGCGCGGAAGCGGGACGCGCCCCGCAAGGGAGCUGGAGGAGAGGAGUUGCGUCCAGCGGGAGCGGAAGCCGCCAGGCCGGGGACAAGCGACGGGAGCACAGGGAGCCGGGGGGCUGGGGGUGCAUCCAGGGGGGCGGGCCGGCGCCGAGCGGGGGGUUUCCCGGGAGCGCCGCGAGGCCAAGAGGCAACAGCCGGAGCCGGAGCCGCAGCACCCCGGUGA